UUAUCUUUUAUCUUUAACUCGUUUCCAGGGAGACUUGAGCCCUAAUAUCUUCUUCUCUCAUCCCGUGAGAAUGGAAUCAGAGCCACCAUUUGGGGAGUUCGUCAAGAGUGUUUUUGGAAACAUUGUAGAACAAGAGGAAACUGAAGCAAAGUUCGACGUGGAUGAAUGUGAACUACCGCUGAUUGACCUAGGUCACUUGAAUCUUGGCAACUUGGAGCAUGAAGAGUGCAAGAGAAAGAUUUGUGAAGCUUCUACUGAAUGGGGCUUCUUCCAGAUUGUCAACCAUGGCGUUUCUAAAGAGAUUUUGUCCAGGAUUCAUCGUGAGCAAGUGGAGUUGUUCCGGCAGCCAUUCCAGAUAAAGACUAAUGAGAAGUUGCUGAACUUAUCAUCUGGCUGUUACCGCUGGGGAACGCAAACUGCAAUUACUCAGAAGCAAUUCGCAUGGUCUGAAGCUUUUCACAUCCCGCUUUCCACUAUUUUCCAACUAAGUGAAUUCGAAGGUCUCAGGUCAAGUCUUCAAGAGUUUGCAAUUAAAGCUUCGGAUCUCGCUCAACAAAUAGCUAAAAUAUUGGCUGAGAAUUUGGGCUGUAAAUCCACUUUCUUUUUCAAGAAUUGCUUGCCAAGUUCAUGUUAUAUUCGAAUGAACAGAUAUCCAGCAUGUCCGGUGUCUUCUAAGGUUUUUGGAUUAAUCCCACACACUGAUAGUGACUUCCUCACAGUAUUGCAUCAAGAUCAGGUGGGGGGAUUGCAGCUCCUAAAAGAUGGAAAAUGGAUUAGGGUUAAGCCUAAUCCAGAUGCUCUAGUUAUCAACAUUGGCGACUUAUUUCAGGCUUGGAGCAAUGGAGUUUAUAAGAGUCUUGAACACCGAGUUGUUGCCAACCAUGAAAUUGAAAGGUUCUCUUUUGCAUUCUUCCUCUGUCCCUCUCAUGACACCGUGAUACAAAGUUGCUGUGAGCCUUCAAUCUACAGAAAAUUUAGCUUCAGAGAGUACAGACAGCAAGUUGAAGAGGAUGUGAAGACCACAGGGGACAAGGUAGGGCUUUCAAGAUUUCGCAGAUGAGGCUUGAGAGCAUCCAAUCUAUCCUUGCACUUCAGUCCUGUCAUUAGACAACACAAUAAAUAAAGCAUCAGUUUUGGACAUAUGAGGCCUCUCCAUGAUCUCAUGACUUGUAUGCUUUAUAUAUCUGUAUGGUUUGCUCUUUUGGUAAUUGAUUAGGGCUGUAUAAACCCGAAACUGUAACAAUCCUGAAUAUUAGUUUAGUUUAAAUGAUGGAAAAUAUUGCUUGCUGU